AUGCGCGCCUCCCACCACCCGCAACGCACGUACCGGGCAUGCGACCCCUGCCGGUCGGUAGGUCUAUGCGCGCCCACAGUCGUUAAUCUGCAGCGCAAACUGAAAUGCCAUUUCGGCGACCCGAACGCACCGUGGGACGGCCCCUGCCAGCGGUGUAUGCGUGAACAGCGCGAGUGUCUGCGACCACCAGCCAACGCAGUGCGGAAAGCCAUUCCGCGCAAGGCAGACACGACAGAAGAACGGUGGAGCCAGGUCGCAAAACGACCUCGGGUCUUACCAACAGCUGCUUCUACGACAGAGCCUGGAACCGGGCUUGCAACUCUGUCACCGCCAUCACACCGCCGCCUCGGCGCCGACGAAUAUGUUGGAACCGUUGACCGAGCCACCGCGGGUUCCUUUAUGCAGGUUGUUGGCUCACUACCUACGCAACCCCGAGGCCACGCUCCCCCAUCUUCAGGGUCAGGUGACGACGACGACGAUGAUGACGAUGACGAGGUCGCAAACCGGGAGACCACUGAGAGCGCUCUUGUCAGGUCGCACCUUCAAAACCCAAACGAUGCGCUGCGACUCCUUGUCAGUGCAAGCAGCCUCCGGUUCCCGGCUCGUUGCGACACACAGAGUCACCUGCCGAAUGGCACCAGUGGAAGCAUGACCAACACUGCCAUCUGGGAAACAUGGGAGCCGCUCCAGGAGGGCUUGCUCACGUUGUCAGAGGCCCACGCACUUCUAACUUUCUUCGAGCUCGAGAUGGCGCCACUCUACCCCGUGGUGCUCCCAGAGAUAUUUGAUCCUAGCUACGCGUACACUCUCGUAAAUGAGGAGGACCUCCUACUGGGAGCCAUGGUCACCAUCAGCAGCCGGUACUCGGAGAUUUUGUUGCCUGAGCGAGCUACACAGGUGCAUCGCAAAGUGGCAGAGUGGGUCCGCACCCAAAUCACAUGUCUCUUGGAUGGUAACGACAGCUUGCGCAAAAUCAGCAGCGUAGAAGCCCUACUCCUGCUGAGCGAGUGGCCCAUGUUGCCUGUCCAGCGUACAAAGCGACAGAGAUCGGGCGACCUCGCGCAGUCCGAAGAGGCGAACCUGCUCAAGCCCAGCGUGCAGUAUGACGCGUACUGUUGGACCAACGUCGCCCUCGCUGUACGUCUAGCGCAGGAGCUCGAUCUCCAGGGUGCCGUCAGCCUUAACAACACGUCGCGCUGGUGGGAGAAACUGUCAGACAUCAUGGGCAAGAACAUUGAAAUAGACUUUACCAGGCGCUCAUGCCGUAACAGGCUUCGCGAUGGAAGCGCCGAGGCGGCUCUCUUACAGAUUGAGGUCGACUAUGCCGUACUGUACGCCAACUCCCUUGCACUCCGUUCUUUGCAGGAGAAGCUCCGACGACGACGACAGGCGAACGAUCCAGCGUACAGCACGCCAACACUCUUGAACAUGAGCGAGGGUCCGUGGAUCAUUGAGGCGCUCUCGGCCGCACGGUCUAUUAUUGACACUGCCGUAAACUUCCUCUACAAGCGCAAGAUGUUGCGGAUUUGUCCGUCACGCAUCUUUCAAUACAUCAUGUUCGCCACGACGUUCCUGUACAAGGCGCUGGCGAUUGGUGUGUUUGAGCACGGCGCUCAGUCACUCGUCGGGCUCCUCGACGACACCGUUGUGGCCCUCAAGCAUGUCGCCAUCGACGAGGACCACUUCCUAGCGGGCUUUGCGGUGCUCCUCACUCGCCUUGGAAAGCACUGGCAGGCGCAGGCCAACUCUACUGGACCGUCAGUGCUGCACCCCAGCCCAGAACAGACCGUUGUUGCCGCCCCAUCCACAGAAGGAGCCUCUUGGGCAGUGCCAGACGCCACUGCUGCUGCUGCUGCUGCACCACACCUCCAAGAGCCCCCGCCUCUUCCAAUGUCGUCAGAGACGCUGAACUUGAGCCUCGCGCCCGAAAACGACAUUUUCGACCCUUUGCAGCCCAUGCCGCAGUAUGAUGAACUCAGCUGGCUCCUGGACCCGGCUCUCGAGAUGCCCGCCGCAAACAAAGAGCAGGAAGACAUCUUUCAGACCAUCUGGUACGACCAGCAGAACGACGCUGCCAGGGACAACUUGUACGCCAUGUUACUGGGCAACACCCUUGGCAUUUAG